CUCCGUAAUGCCCCCGCCACUUUCCAGACGGCUAUGAACACGAUGUUCCAAGACCUCCUUGAGGACUUUGUUCUAGUCUACAUUGACGACAUCCUGAUCUACAGUCGUACCCUAGAGGACCACCUGACCCAUCUUCGCACUGUCCUGCAGCGACUACGCGACGACGGGUUUUAUGCGAAGCUUUCCAAAUGCAUCUUUGCUCAAGCCAAAGUCGACUUCCUAAGGCAUCAGGUAUCCGAGCACGGCCUCCACAUGGACGACUUGAAGAUCCAGGCCAUCGUCGAUUGGCCUACCCCUACAUCUCUCCCUGCUCUGCGUAGUUUUCUCGUUUUGACCAACUACUAUGGUCCUUUUCUCAAAAACUACGUGCAAUAUUCUUCCCAGCUUACCCCUCUGACCCGCAGACGUCUCCCUUUUCAUUGGACCCCGGCUCAUGAGGAUGCCUUCCGCUCUCUCAAGCGACUUGUCACGUCAGCUCCUGUCUUACACUUACCCGAUUACUCGCGUCCAUUCAUCGUCACCACCGACGCGUCCGACUUCGCUAUUGGAGCUGUUCUCUACCAGAUCUACCCAGCCCCUUCUACUGCUCCCGAUUCCACAGAGUCUCGCCUCCCUCGCAUUCCUCGCUUCCCUCCCCCACCUCCAGCGACUGCGGCUCAUCUUACACCCAUCGAGCCCACCCCCUUACCUCCUUAUAUUCCUGACGUCGCAGAUGACGGUACAGUCGGAUCUCGUGAUGGAGAGUGUCUGGUUGCUUAUCUAUCUCGACAGCUACGUCCCACUGAGCGUAACUAUAUUGCCGACGAGCGUGAGGUCCUUGCGCCGGUCUACGUUGUUAAGAAGUGGCGUCAUCACUUGCAUGGUCACACUUUCACCAUUUUGACGGACAACUCUGUCCUCGCCGCCUUCCAUACGAAACCUAAGCUCACUUCUCGCCAGGCUCGUCGGUGGCGUGAUCUCUCAGAGUUCGACUUUACCAUCAAGAAGAUUUCCGGCGAAAGCAAUCGCGUCGCAGAUGCCUUAUCCCGCCCCCCCGACCUUCAGUGCGAGGAUCGUCAACUAUCUACUAUUUCAGCUCCCACCAUCCACCCCGCCUUUCUGGAUGAGUACCGCCGCGCAUACACCCAGUGCCCCGAGUUUCAGUCCAUCUACGCUGACCUACAAGCUGGCAAGUUCGUCCCUAACUUCAAGCUCGAUCCCUCUCGACUCCUAUACUGGCUUGGUCGCCAAGGUACCCGUACUCCUCGCUUAUGUGUGCCCUCUACUGGCCAGCUCUGCGUUCGGGCCAUCGCUGAGUGUCACGACCAGCGCGCCGCCGGUCAUCUCGGUGUCUUCAAGACACUUGACCGCCUCUACCGCCAUUACUACUGGGAGCACCAUCGUCCCUUCACUAAGGAGUACGUCCGCACCUGCAGGAUCUGCCAGGAGGCCAACAUCCCCAACCCCCCCCCCUACGGUCUUCUUCAACCCUUACCCAUUCCCACUCAGCGUUGGACUUCUGUCUCCAUGGACUUCAUCGGUCCUCUUCGUCCCCCUACCCCACGAGGCCACGACGCCAUCUUCGUCGUUGUCUGUCGGUUGACUAAGCAUGCUCACUUCCUCCCUUGCAAGUAUGCUAGUUCAGCCAAAGACAUCGCCUCCCUAUACUUCAACCGUAUUGCCAUUCAUCACGGUCUCCCCACUAGCAUCGUCUUUGAUCGCGAUCCCCGUUUUACUUCUCAUUUCUGGCGUGGACUCCAUGAGAUAUAUGGCUCCGAGCUCCGCCUCUCCUCCUCCUAUCACCCCCAAUCAGAUGGACAGGCCGAGGUCACCAACAAAACUCUUGGGAGUAUCCUCAAGAAGUUUGUUGAGAAUGACUCUGAUUGGGAUCUCCACCUUGCUCACGCAGAGAUUGCUUAUAACCAUGCUAUUUCACCUGCCACUGGCAUGUCUCCCUACUACUAUGACUUGGGAUACCAUCCUCGUGUCCCAUCUGACCUUCUCCGUCCAUCUCAGAUCCAUCCCGACACCAAAUGCCCUGCCCUCGAUGACUGGGUAAAGGAGAUGGAUGCGCUUCUUAGCAAGGCUCGCGAGAGCAUUGCUGACUCCCAGACUCGCAUGACCAAGUUGGCGACGAGAUUCUUAUCGACGCACGUCACUUCCAGCUUGAAGCUGACACCGUUCGGAAAUUCAGACGUCGAUAUAUUGGACCAUGCACCAUUCUUGCACCCGCCGGACCCAAUCAUGACUGUCCGGUGAGCUUCAAAUUGAAGUUCCCCGAUUCCAUGUACCGCGCUAACUUACAU